AUGCGGGGCCCCAUGUUACUGGCUUAUCUCGUGAGCAGCGCAACCGUUCUCACAACAGUAUACGCACAUGGAACCGCACCCGGGAAAACGCCGCAAUUCCAAAUCCUCCCCUCGCUACGGAAACAGGCGGAAUUGGUCGACGGAUGGACAAAAGAGCGCAAAGCGCUGAUCCCCGGAUUGCUUCGGAAAUACGGUGUCGACGCGUGGCUAAUGAGUCAGCGCGAAUAUGCCGAGGAUACCGUGUUCUGGGCUCUCAAGGAAGCUACACAGUUCUCCGCCAGGAGGCGCACGACUCAUCUCUUCCUCGCGGAUCCGGUGGAUGGGAUCGCGUCGUCGUACUCUUGGAUUGAGAAUACGGAUGCCGUGUGGACGGAUUUGCGGAAGAUAUUAACGGCGCAGAAGCCGGAGUCUAUUGCGCUUAAUACACACUCGGAACUUGCGUUCUCGGGGGGAUUGCACGCCGGUGAAUUUGAUGCGAUAGUACGAGGAAUUGGUGAGGAAUGGAAAGAUAAAUUCGUCCUAGAACCAUUGCUAGGUAUCGAGUUCGUCGCGACGAUGGUAAAGGAUAGGCUAUCGUGGUACCGCAAGAUGAUGGAAACCGCGUGGGCGAUUAUCGAGGAGGGGUUUAGCGAGAAGAUCAUCACGCCGGGGAAGUCUACUAGUUGGGAUAUCGAAUGGUGGAUGCGAGAGAGGAUCCAAUCUCUGAAUUACACUACCUGGUUCCAACCUAGUGUUUUUAUUCUUACGGGCGAUGGAUGGCCUGCAGCGACGGAUAAGUCGCCUACAAUGGAUGACCCGAGGGCUCCGGAUCGUCCGAUUGAGUGUGGUGAUUUGAUUCACACGGAUUUUGGCGUAUCUGCUCUUGGAUUGAACACCGAUACUCAGCAUAUUGGGUAUGUCUUGUACCCCGGAGAGACGGAAGCCGACGUACCUAAGGGUAUGAUUAAGGGUUUAAAGAAGGUCAAUCGGUUACAAGAUAUAGUCAAGAGUAACAUGAAAGUUGGAUUGACUGGUAAUGAGAUCCUGAAAGCAUCGUUGAAGCAAGCACAUAGCGAAGGCAUUGAGGGUAAGAUCUACUGCCAUGCUACAGGCGAAUGGGGACAUUCAGCAGGAACAGUAAUUGGCAUGACGAACUUGCAAGACAAAGUUCCGGUACUUGGGGACCUUCCACUACUUAAGGAUACAUAUUAUAGCAUUGAGCUGUUCGCGGAACAUUUUGUUCCUGAGAUUAAUCGUACCAUUGUAUUUCCUCAAGAAGAGGAUGUAUACUGGGAUGAUGCGACGAAGAGCUGGGAGUGGGUAUAUGGAAGACAGGAAGAGCUUUUGCUUAUUCGGACCCCCGCGGAAGACGCACCAGCAGAGUUGUGA